AUGUGUCGACCGUUUCACGCGCUGGCCCGAAGCCUUUCCAAUGGAAAACCAAGAAGCGAAAACAGUGAUCGUACGUUCUACGAAGGAUGGAUUUGCCACUGCGGCACACCCCUCCGGUUGAAGACAGAUCAAGGAAGGCAAUUUGAAUCCGAUCUUUUUAAAUCACUCAAUAGAUUGACAGGUACGACUCACCUGCAUACGACUUCGUACCACCCACAAGCCAAUGGUAUGGUUGAGUGCCUUCGCAGACAACUAAAAGCUGCAAUCCGCGGCCAUGAAAAUUCACAGUGGACACGUGUUUUACCUACGGUGUUACUCGGUAUUCGCUCAGCCUGGAAAGGAGACAUGAAGGCCACUGCUGCAGAGCUCGUAUACGGCUUGCCCCUCCGACUCCCAAGUCAGUUCCUUACACCUAGUACAACAAACGAAAGACACAGCGCAGCCUUCCUACAAGGACUACGUGGAUACAUGCAGCAAUUAAGGCCAUCCGAGCCAAAACGUCACGGCACAGACAAAACCUUCGUCUUUAAAGACUUGGCAACAGCACAGCACGUCUUUACUCGACACUAUUCUGUAAAAAAGGCACUUGAAAUGCUAUACGAUGGUCCAUAUACCGUCGGAGGAACAAACAUCACCCUUGAGCAGCCAUCCAAUCUAGUGAUACCACCGCAACCAGCAGUGCAACGAGUAGAAACACCACCAUCUUUGCAAGCACCGAAUAAUCAACCUCAGCAACUUCGUCGGUCCCAAAGGCAGGUGAAAUUCGUCGACAGAUAUCAAGCAGGUUUCUCAUUGUGA